GGUGGCGCUUUACAAGCUAAGAAGCUAGGUCGUUAGCAGUGAGUUGAGUACAACAAGUCAGAUUUACAGACCGCAGUAUCCGGCAGUAGGACUGUCAACAACCAUUUCGUCUGGCUGCAUAUUUGACGGGACGGAGUGGAAAUGGCCGCGGCUUCGUGUGAUGUCAUGUGUGUUGUCGCUCUGACCUGAUCAAGACGUGUGCUAACGUUAGCUUGGUAGCAUCCCUGGUUGUUCACUGGACCAGCCCCACCACUGUGGCUCUGCACGGACUUCCACUGUACAUUCAGCCGAUUUAAAGAGUAUCACACGUUUGCGAGAUGUUCCUGGUGGGGCUGACGGGAGGUAUUUCCUCAGGGAAAAGCACAGUGUCUUCGAUGCUGCGGGAGCUUGGGUGCCCCAUUAUUGAUGCUGAUGUUGUGGCCAGGAAAGUGGUGGAACCGCACACUCCCGCCUAUUCCCGCAUCGUCUACCACUUCGGACCAGAGAUCCUACUCGAGAACGGGGAGAUCGACCGGCAGAAGCUGGGUCAGCUCAUCUUCGCCAACGAGGAAAAGAGGAAGCUGCUAAACUCCAUCACCCACCCAGAGAUCCACAAAGCAAUGCUCAAAGAGAUCCUGUUCUACUUUCUCAGAGGGUACCGCUAUGUGGUGCUGGAUGUGCCCCUUCUCUUUGAAACGAGGCGUCUCACUCAGUUUCUAAACCACACAGUAGUAGUAUACUGUGACCCUGCCACUCAGCUAUCGCGCCUGAUGCAGAGGGACGGCCUGACCCAGGAGGAGGCCGAGCAGCGCGUGGCUGCACAGAUGCCACUCAAUGAAAAGCGCGGCUUGGCUAAUCAUGUUAUUGAGAACUCAGGCAGCCGGGAGGACACCCACCGGCAGGUCCUGCGGUUGCACACAAAGCUGGAGGACUCCAUGGACUUCCUCUUAGUGAGGGUCAUUGCAAUUGCAGCCACUACUGGUCUGGGUGGGAUUCUGCUGUAUGCUGCAAAGAUACUUCUAUCCUAACGGAGCACAGAUGAGGGGAAGAAGGGGUUUGAUCCAGGAUGUGGUCAAAGAUGAGGGUGUGAAUAGAAGCAGACGAAGGCAUGUGGGGGGUACUAAUGCAAUUUACUGUGAGAUUAGUUUCACAGCAUCCACCGCCACAGCUCAGAGGUAUGACGUGCUCUGUUGGCAGUUAAUACAGACUUACAUUAUUGACACAACAUGCACUGACAAAGAUGAUUUGGUGUGAAGGGUUUCUAUGUGCAAUUUCAGUUGGUUUUACUUGGAGACACUAAAAACAUGAAGGUGAUACCUUAGAGGCUCAGCUGCUGUACAACGCUCUUAACAGCGAUCACAGUUUGGGGCCUACUGGUUAAACCUUUUACUUUGAUGCAGCAGUCAAUUCAUAACUAACAUCAGUGAAAAGGGCAAAACUUGAUUUGACUUGACAAAAUUUUAAUUUGUCACAACUUAUGAAGUUUCCAAAUUAGACAUUUUGGAUGAUUGUAGAGUCACUGUGGUUACUUGUCAUGUAUUUGGCACAAACUGCCCCUUAAAUAUUUAGUACAAAAUGCCUGUGCUACCCCCAGUCAUGAAUAUGUUUUAAAUUGGAGGGAAUACUCGUCAAAGAAAUAUUAAAAUGCUGUAUCCGAAUGAUGUUAUGCUAACAGAAUGUUAUUGUAUGCUAAUGACCUAAAUUAUGAAGAUAUAAGACAGAAUGUAUUUGACAAUCCAUUUGUAAUGGGAACAGUGUGAAUUUUCAUGAAUUAACAGACUUUAUCACUGUAUUUUCUUACACUCGAAGCUGUCCUCUGUAAAUAAGAAGUAUGUGAAUUCUACUUUUCUGUGUACACUCACUUGUAACUAAAACAACAUUUGUAACAUUAGCUGCUUAACUGAAAUAUAAACGAUCCGACAUUACCGUUUUAAAGUAA